UUUUUUAUUUUUGAAAUUCAAGAAAAUAAACACUAUACAAAUACAACACUCAUUUCACUGUCACAAAAGAGCAAAAUAUUUAUCAGUCUUUUGUUGUCACUGCUUUCCCUUUUCUUCAUUUGUUCUUUCCUUCUCCGGAGGUUGUUGAACCGCCGCUGCCUGUUGUGUAGUGACACAUUAUUUAUCCCAAUUAAAUUUAUCCAAUUCCCAUUUUUUCCUAUUUAUAAAUAAAGUUUAAUUUUUUUGGGCUUUUUUCGAAAUUUCUUCACUAGGGUCUUGGUCAAAAUUCUUGAUUUUGCAGUUGAAAUGUCAAUUUGAAAUUUCUGAGGGGGUUUUGUGAUGGAUCUUGAAAGUGGGGUUUUCCAGAAUCAAGUAAAGAAGGAAUCUUGGAAAACAGUGCUUACAUUGGCUUACCAGAGUUUGGGAGUUGUGUAUGGUGAUUUAAGUACAUCACCGUUGUAUGUAUACAAGAGUACUUUUUCUGAAGAUAUUGAGCACACUAACACAAAUGAGGAGAUAUAUGGUGUUAUGUCACUUAUUUUUUGGACAUUGACUUUGGUCCCACUCUUGAAAUAUGUGUUCAUUGUGCUGAGAGCUGAUGAUAAUGGUGAAGGGGGCACAUUUGCACUCUACUCACUCUUGUGCAGACAUGCCAAAGUGAACCCUCUGCCUAGCCGCCAGCUGGCGGACGAGGAUUUGUCGAGUUACACGAAGGAUAUUAAGAGUCCCGCGCAGUCGACUUUUGGGGGUAGGUUGAAAUCUACGAUUGAAAGAUACAGAGUAUUGCAGAGGUUUUUGCUUGUGCUGGCUUUGCUUGGUGCUUGUAUGGUGAUCGGAGAUGGUAUAUUAUCUCCGGCGAUUUCGGUUUUUUCUGCGGUGUCCGGUGUCGAAGUUGCGAUGAAAAAAGAGCAUCACCAAUAUGUAGAACUACCAGUUGUUUGUAUCAUACUGAUAGCCUUGUUCACCCUUCAACACUACGGGACCCACAGAGUCGGGUUCUUGUUCGCACCCAUUGUAAUAACGUGGCUUCUCUGCAUCGCUUCGAUUGGUCUGUAUAAUAUCAUUCACUGGAACCCUCACGUUUAUCGAGCCCUAUCUCCUUAUUACAUAUACAUAUUCUUAAAGAAAACUCAAAAACAAGGAUGGAUGUCUUUGGGAGGAAUCCUACUCUGCAUUACAGGAUCAGAGGCAAUGUUUGCUGAUCUUGGACAUUUUUCGCAGUUGUCAAUACAGAUAGCGUUCACGUCUUUUGUAUAUCCAUCGCUGGUCCUUGCGUAUAUGGGCCAAGCUGCUUAUCUCUCUCAGCACCACGAAAUGCAAAACGAUUAUCACAUCGGAUUUUACGUAUCUGUACCUGAGACAUUAAGAUGGCCAGUUCUGGUAAUAGCAGUACUUGCUGCGGUGGUUGGAAGCCAAGCAAUUAUUACCGGAACUUUCUCGAUCAUAAAGCAAUGCUCUGCCUUGGGGUGUUUUCCGAGGGUUAAAAUAGUCCACACGUCUUCGAAAAUUCAUGGCCAGAUUUAUAUUCCUGAAGUCAACUGGAUUUUGAUGGUACUAUGUUUGGCUGUCACCGUUGGUUUUAGAGACACGGGUCGUUUGGGUAAUGCUUCAGGUUUGGCGGUUAUAACCGUCAUGCUCGUCACGACUUGCUUGAUGUCCCUUGUAAUAGUCUUGUGCUGGCACCGGAGCGUCCUCCUAGCAAUCUCGUUCGUCUUCUUCUUCGGUGCGAUCGAGGCCUUAUACUUCUCCGCGUCGCUAGUGAAGUUUCUAGAAGGCGCGUGGGUCCCGAUCGUAAUUGCGUUCUUCUUCAUGAUGGUGAUGUCCGCGUGGCACUACGGGGCCCUCAAGACGUACGAGUUCGACGUCCAAAACAAGGUCUCGGUCGACUGGCUACUCGAAUUGGGGCCCGGCUUGGGCAUCGUCCGCGUGCGCGGCAUCGGCCUCAUACACACCGAGCUAGUCUCGGGAAUACCCGCAAUCUUCUCCCACUUUGUCACCAAUCUACCGGCUUUCCACCAAGUCCUCAUUUUCCUCUGCGUGAAAUCGGUGCCGGUCCCGCACGUGGCCCACAAGGAGAGGUUCCUCGUGGGCCAUAUCGGGCCGAGGGAGUACCGCAUCUACCGGUGCGUCGUCCGGUACGGGUACCGAGACGCGCGCACCGACGGCCCGCAGUUCGAGGACGACCUCGUCUGCAGUGUGGCCGAGUUUAUAAGGACCGGAGAGAGAAAAGCGGACCCCACCGACGAAGAAAUGGUCGUGGUCGGCACGCCCUCCACUCAUCCAAACGGGGUUCAAUUCCGCGAAGAAAAUGGGUCGAAUUCUGAAAUUACGGAGGCACGUGAAGAUGGUGUCCCACGGGCCAAGAAACGGGUCCGUUUUGUGAUUCCGGAAAGCCCGAAAAUCGAGGUGGGGGUUCGCGACGAGUUGCGGGAGCUGAUGGAAGCUAGAGAAGCCGGGGUCGCGUACAUUUUGGGGCAUUCGUACGUGCGAGCGCAACAAGGGUCGAGUUUUGUGAAGAAGAUGGUGAUAAAUUAUGGGUAUGAUUUCUUGAGGAGGAAUUUUAGGGCUCCAACUUAUGCUUUGAGUGUGCCUCAUGCUUCAACUUUGGAAGUUGGAAUGGUGUACAAUAUUUGAUUUUUUUUUUUUUUUUUUUUUGUUGUUGUGAAACAUGUUUUAUACUUGUAAGAAGAAAAAAAUUUAGGAAUGUUUAGUGAUAAAUGGAAGAUCAAACUCAGCUUCUAGAAA